AUGUUUUUCUCACCCUUCAUCACUGGGCUCCUCCCAAUUCUAGCAGCUACUUCCACACAAAUCGAAGCUCCCCAGCAUCCUAGCAUAUUUAUCCUCAGCGAUUACGCAUCCAGUACCUCAGCAUUGGGAAAUGCCCUCCAAACUUUAGGAUACACACAUAUCUCCGCCGAAACAUUGAAUAGUUCGUUACCACAACUCAGUACUCAUACAUUUACCGAACUCUCGAUGGAUGGCGCAUCCAACGAGCUCAUGAUUCAAUACCCAAAUACCAAAUUCAUCGUCCCGGUCUCAUCGUCGCGGAGACACGAAGGAAAAGUUGAUGCAGAGAGAAGACCCUGUGCUAAUAGCUGGCUCAAUCAUUUGGCUACGUGGAGUAAAUGGUCGCAAUAUACCUCAAACGUCAAUGUAGCCGAGGACAUCACAAUCGCUCAAUCCGAACAAUCAGAUUCCGUGACCAGCUCGCUCAAAAAGGAAGGACGAUUAUUAGAAAUUGCUCUCGACGAGCAAGAGAAUCAUAGAGGCGAGAAAUGGUUGAGAUUAUGCAAGUUUCUGGAUUUGGGAUAUAGUGUGGUGGAAAGAUUAAAUUUGAAGGAGUUUCCUUCAUCAAUAGGACAGGAGAAGAAAGCGGCGGGCUGGGGUGGAAAUUUAGGAAUGUGGAGAUUGGUCAUGCAGGGAAGUGGUGUUUGA